AUGGGUAAUAUUUUUUCAAAAAAAAAUAACCUCUUUGAAAAAAAAGUAUGGGCUAUGGAGUCCAAAAUUGCUAAAUUGGAGCUCCAAAUAAAUAACUCCAAGGCCUUUCAUUAUAAUAUUUAUAAGAAAGUUUUUUUCUAUUUUAUUAUAAUUGAAAUCAUUUUAGCAUUCAAUUUAUAUAACAUGGUUCUUUCAUCUGACACUUUGUCUGAAAAGGCAAAGUGUUUUGCAUUUGAUUUAUUAUUUUCAAUGAUAAUCUUAAUUUUAGUAAAUUUAUAUAGAUUUUCAUUUGAAAAAUUAAUAAAAUUCAAUGAAAAAAAAUUAAAUGAAAUGUAUAUUGGUCUCGAUAAAAUAUUCGAUGAAAGAAAAAAAGAAACUAAUUAUGACCAUACCAAAAAACUUUUAGAGCAAUAUAAAAGUUUUAAAAAUAGAGACCAAGAGGACCAACAUCAUCAACCACCUCCACCACAACCAACCCCACAAAAACAAGCAACCCCUCAACAACAACAACAACCAUUCCCACAACUAUCCCAACAACAACCAUCCCAACAACAACAACAAGCAGCCCAACAACAUCCAACCCAACAACAACAACAACCAACCCAACAGCCAACCACACAACAUCCAACCCAACAACAACCAACCACACAACAACCAACCCCAAAACAAACAACCCAACAACAACCAACCACUCAACAACCAACCCAACAUCCAACCCAACAUCCAACCCAACAUCCAACCCAACCAGACCAACAACAACCAGACCAACAACAACCACAACAAAAACCAUUCAUUUAUUUAAUUAUUUUAAAAUGGUGGUUUAAAAAAAUGUAUUAUUGCUUAUUUUCCGAUACAAAUUUACUCUAUUUUGAAAAUUGUGGACACUGUAUCGGAACAAUGCCAAGUGAAUUCGCCCCAAAAAAUAAAGAUAAAUUCUUUUAUAAAGUUUAUUCAAUAAAAGUUUGA